CCAUAGUGAACACACUGUGUUGACAUAGAAGAAGAGCAGCUGCGAGGAUCUCCUGCCGUCAGCUCUUUAGUUGGCUGCAGAAUGGAGAUGCCUGGCGUCCACCCAGCGGAUGAUCUGUUUGACAGCAUCAUUUUAGCCGAUGAAAAGCAAGUUUUCUGUAUAAACGUUGUUUUAUUGGUGGGGCACGCGCUUGACGGCUUAGAAACGUCGUUUCGAGGUGAAGGUUACCAGGAGGGUUUUGAGAAGGGGACUCGCCGUGGUCUGCAGGACGGCCGCCGACACGGAGCCUCCCAUGGAGCCAAGCUGUCCUCUGAGAUCUCCUUCUAUUACGGUUUUGCCGUCACAUGGAAGUGUCUCCUCCAGCAAAGCACAGAUGACAAGUCAAGCAGAAAGCGCGUGAAGGCCUUGGACGCCGUGCUGGCUUUGAUCCAGAACUGUAACCUGGAUGAUCCACAGUCUGAAAAACUGCAAGAUGAGACGGAGAAACUUCGAGCAAAGUUCAGACAGGUCUGCUCCAUGCUGAACAUUCCCACGGACUUCAGGGACUACAUCAAGGUGGCCGAGGGGACUUCGUUCUGAGUUCACAGCUGCCAUGCAGAGCCCUGCAGCCCCCUGUUGCUGCAUCUAAGGGCUCUCAAGCCCGCCGGCUCGGGGUUGGCCCGCACCGGUUGGAGCACCGUGCCAGGAGAGUUGGCCUCUACUUCUGUGCAGGGCGCUAACCUUAAAAGAAGACUGGUCUGCUCAUCACAGACUGGAACAUGUUAUUUAUUCUAGAGAGUGGAGUUGGUUUGAUCAGGUUGGUUGAGUUGUCAUGUGAUGCAGUGAUGACAGUCUGUAAAUGGGAUCCUAAUAAAUGAAAAGGAUUACAGGCUCACAAGGGAAAAGUACAGAGGCACUUCAGCAGGAAGAGUUGUGGGAUGAAGAAUCUGCAGACUUGAACCCACUCCCGCUGUCUGAAGGGGGAAGUCUUAUGACGUUAAAGUCUGAUGACUUUUAACAGAAGUUUCAUUAAAUGAUGGGAUUUUGCUUUCUGUUGAAAUCAACAGUUAAAUGCUAUUUCAUAUUUCCAUGAAUUUUUAAAAUCUUAACCCUGUGUUUGCAGAUGUUUGGGAUCAUCCUAAGUCAUACGAACAGUAAGAAGUUAUCUGGGAAUAGAACCUUUGCUGUUGCCGAUCUUACUUUUCAUGAUAAAUCUUUAUGGGACAUUUCUUGAAACUCUGUAUUUGUUGCUCUCAGGUUUUAAAUUGUGCAAAUUAAAAAGUUUGACAUUACAAAUGUGAA